AUGACACACGACGAUCGGGAUACACCACUGAGCCUCGCGGUGCAACAAGAGGAGGAAGACUCUUCAGCGGUUGCGGAUGAACUUUCCAAGAUCGGCCUCGAGGCGAUUCUCGAAAUCGACAAGGACUGGCUCGUCUUUCCCGGAAGGACACCAUCGAGUUCAAGCUCACGGCAGUGGAUGAUCGAAGGGACAGUCCUCCGCCUGUGGCGAUUGCAGAUGCUCCAGAAACGCGCGAAACCGGCAAGCAGCACGAAGUCAAGCCAACUUCAAAUAGUUCAGGACCUAGUUGGUGCCAUGCCAGCGGCUCUUUUUCGAUACCGGGAUAAAUGGGGAAACACUCCCUACCAGGCCCGGAUUUUGCAUCUGGAGCGCGAAAGACGUCAGCGAGCUCCGGACGCUUCGACCGCCGACACGCCCAAGAUCAACCCUCGAGAGUUGGUCAAACAAGACGAGAUUACUAGACUUAUCCAGUCCUACUGUAUUCGAAGGCUUCCUCGUCGGGAUGCCCUGACAGCCCUCUACAAGGUUGGCGAAGGUUCUUACAUGAUCCCCCUCAACACCCAGUUGGAUACCAACUACCUUGACCGGCUGUCUCAAAUUCUCAAAUUCGAAAGCAUCCUCAGCUAUGUUGCUCUCCCGCGGCUGUCGGUAGAGGAGGCGAGCACCGCCCCACCCGUGCCAGAGUCACAGCGCAAGCCUCAGAAACAGCAAGUGGCCGGCUGA